GGGAAGCUUUAGCAGGCCCUGGGCCCUCCCACUGCUAUUGUUGCAGUGAAGAUGUAGCAAACCUUUCUCUCGCCUUCCCUCCGCUUGUUUUGAAGCUUCCACCACCCCCUCCUCCCUUUCUCCCCCCCCUCUUUUUUUUGGGAGCUGCUGAGCUGCUCUGACACCCUCUCCAAAGACGGGCUGGCAGAGAGGAGGGGAGGCUGCUCCAGCCAGAGUCCACCAUUUCCACCGGGGGUGCAGAAUGGGGUCUGUUUCUAACCAGCAGUUUGCAGGUAGUUGCGCCAAGGCGGGCGAGGAAGAGCCCACGGGGGACUCGCCCCGGCCGGACGAGGAGAGCCAGCCGCUCCUGCAUGGCGCCGGGAUCUGUAAGUGGUUCAACGUGCGGAUGGGCUUCGGCUUCCUCUCCAUGACCACCAAGGAAGGCAUCGCCCUCGAAAGCCCCGUGGAUGUUUUUGUGCAUCAGAGCAAGCUCCACAUGGAAGGCUUUCGUAGCCUGAAGGAAGGAGAGGCAGUCGAAUUCACCUUCAAGAAGUCCUGCAAGGGUUUGGAGUCCAUCCGAGUCACCGGCCCAGGGGGAGUGUUCUGCAUCGGCAGCGAGAGGAGACCAAAGGGGAAAAACCUCCAGAAGCGCAGGCCGAAAGGAGAUAGAUGCUACAACUGUGGCGGCCUGGAUCACCACGCCAAAGAAUGCAAGCUCCCGCCACAACCAAAGAAAUGCCACUUUUGCCAAAGCAUUGCUCACAUGGUGGCCAACUGCCCCGUCAAAACGCAGCAGUCGCCCAGUUCUCAGGGAAAGCCCGCCUACCUCCGGGAGGAGGAGGAGGACAUGCACAGCUCACCCCUUGUUCCUGAAACCAGGGAAUGAUGUUGGGAAAUCAGUAGGGAAUAUACCGGAUCAACAGGCUUCAGGGCAUCGAGGUGGCAAAAAAAGAGUGGGUGGGUGGGGGGAACAGUGAAUAGCCUCUGCCUCCAGGCUUAGGGAAGGCAGGCACCUAGCAAGAGAACAGCAGCUCUGAAAACGUGUAAGACUUCAGCAAAGUGAAAGCUCAGGGAGCCUGAAUGUUGACGCAGCCUCCUCCCCUUGUUUCAGCAUGGGAAGGAGUUCUGCAAAUCCUGUCCCCAAUUGUUCAGUUCUGGGAAAUAGGGAAGCAGCUGCUCCUUUCUCAUUUUUGCUUUCUCCAGCAAUCCAAAUAAUAUUUUGAGGGUUAAAAAAAAAGCAGCUGAGAAAUCUGGUUCAGGGAUGGGUUGAUUUUUUAUUUUUGCACAGGUUAAAGUUGUCAGGAAUAAACAGCUGCCUCCAGUUCUCAUGUGGUUGCAUGCUGUGGGGAGUACGCCAGGCAGAGAAAGCAGUUGUUCAUUCUACUUAAGUCAGAACUUUAGGGCACAGAUAGGGAUUCUGUGACCCCUGGGAUGUAAAUGGACCACAGCUCCCAUCAUCCCUGACCGCUGGCCAUGCUAGCUGGAGUUGAUGGGAGCUGGGUUCUAGUAACAUCUGAAGGUUUGCAGGUUCCCCACUAUUGAAUUAAGGGUUUAUUCAGGACCCUGUUCUAAAUAAUACAUCUAAAUUUCCUACCUUUGGGGACCACAGACAGAUACAAUAUUGUGGCCUCUGUUUUCUGCCCAGGUGUGGAUCACCCCCAAAGUUUCUUACUGCCCAUAUGUAUGUGGGGACUCAUCUUGGCCAAAUGGAAAAAUUUAGGCCUCAGGUUUUUGAGGAAAUGUUGGCCCGCUUGCAGAUAUGUAAAAGGAGCAUUUUAAACAAUGCAUGUACUGUGGUGGGCAGAAAUUAUUUCCACAAGCCAAAGGCCUACCUUAACUGUCAAACCAGGCCUGAGACCUACACUUGGAAAGAUGGCUUGUUUUUCUUUGUUGUCUAUGUGUUGCUUUGCAUCAGGUGUGGGAAGCUGCUACUGAACUACAACUCCCAUCAGCCCCAGCAAACAUGGCCACUAGCCAAGAAUGAUGGGGGUUGUAGUUCAGCAACAUUUGACAGGCCAGAGGGUCCACAUACCUGCUUUAUAUUACUUGGCUAGAAUGUAACAGAUACAAACACAAACACAGGACACUAAAUUUGUAUUGUUUGCAGUAUUUUUAAAUUUACACUUUCUGAUUCCAAAAAGCCUGACAGGGAAUUUAGUGCAGGAUCUACUGUGCUAAUUUCAAGCACAAAGAUUUUGAGUUCGAGUCUUUCCCAUUUUGUUUUCGAACUUUCACUCAUCAGGUAAAGCUGCUGUUCCCUUGCCCCCUGCCUGCUUUCCCUACUGAUGCCUUUAAUUUAUUUCGUUCCCAGGACAGCUUAACUUGCCGUGUGAGACACAUGGGUGGGUGGGUGUCUCUUUGCUCUGAAGCCGUGAUGUGAAACCUGCACUACGACGUGCGUGUAUGACGUAUCUUUGGGUUUGCUUUCUUUUUGCUUUCUUUGUUUUCUUGGUUUUUUGGGGGACGGGGUUCAGUGUUCAUUGCUUUUGUUUUUUUUUUAAAGAAAAGUAUAAAUAUUCUGUUUUGUAUUUUUGUAUAUUUUAAUCUUUAAGAGAAAAAAAGGAAGAAAAAGAAGAGGAAAAAAAGAGGACAUGAUUACUGCAAUGUAUUUCUCAGGUAUUCUUGUACAUCUCAGGGAUGGAAGAACCUCAGCAGCCUUCUGGGGCUGAACAGAUUGGAACCUUGUGGCUUAAAAACUUUGGGGGGGCAUUGUUACAUUUAACAGCACAAAGAACAAAAGAGUCUCUGUUUUUCAAUUGUAGCUUGCUGUGGGUGGGUGGACUGAUGUUUUUAGACACUGUAUUUGAAUAGAUUGUCUGCAUCCGCCCCCAGCUAUAUUCACAAAUGGAUUUCAUGUACAAUCUGGUGGGACAUUUCUCCUGUGCAUUGACACUCCUGCUCAGCUCCUGUUCAUUCCCAAGGAGUUUAGGUAGGAGAACUUUCCUGUGGGUUGUACCUUUGGGCCAUUUAGGGGCUACAGGGACAGCACAGCCAGAUGCAUAAAGCAUGGGCAACAAAAGCAGUUUACGUAUCAAGCCCAUUUCGCCUUUCUGGGGGUGGAUGCCCUCUCUGUUCCCAGAUAUCCAACCAUUCCUUAAGAUUCUUAACACUGUCUGUCCUCACCUGGUUACCAUAUCUGCAUCUUGGCUGCUACUGCACUCACACAUAAUUUUGAAUGAUUUGGCCCAUGGUGGCUUUCUACAAGGCCCUGUUGUGAGGCAAGGGAAUGUUGGGUGCUGCUGAAUCAGGGUGGCAGAGUGGAAAGACAGAGAGAUCUUGACUCACAAGUUCUCCUGGCUGAGCCUGGUUGGCUCCUUGUAAUAUGUUCAGGCAGCAAAAUCCUUUUGGAUUUCCAUACCAUCCUGGCUUUUUCUCCUUUUCCUGUGCCCAAGUUAGUCUUGUGAGUUCCUCUUGUAGUCCAACCACAUUAAGAGCAUCCCAAGAGGAAUUCUGGCAUUCUACUCUUUUAGCAAAGUGCUGCUUCUUCAAGGUUGGAAGUUUUUAAGCCUCUUAAACCUCUACACUAGAGUAAGGGGAUCAGCCUGGCCAGCUUUCCUGAGAUGUGAAUUUACAGGUCAAUAUUUGGGGGGAACUUAAAAACAUGUAAGGUUGUUGGUUAAUCUCUAGAUCAUCAGCCAUUUCCCACAGAUAGAGUUUCCUAUCCAGGAUAUUUGAAUAACUUAUCUAUGGUGGGCCCGUCCAUUUCUAAAUUACCUGCAUUGCCAAGCAUUUUUUUAAAAAAAUAUCAUAACUUACAUAGCAGCUCUGCAUGCUUUCCCUUACUGGAUGGACUGCAAACAUUUUGCUAGUCGAAGAAAGUGUUGGUUGUGGGCUGAUUAUCAAGGGCCAACAUUACCAGCUGCUACAGAGCCAUGCAGUGGAAUUUGAAAACUAAAAACAAAAAGCUGAUAUUAGAUAACACUCACUUGCCUAUAGCUGAGAGUGCUCUCUGUCUCUUCCCACCUCCCUCUCCCUCCUUCUCCUGCAAUGAUUGCAGCGAGGAGGUGUGAAAUAUACAGGAUGUUAGUUUUGAAAUUGCUGUGGGGAUCUUUACCUUAUCUACCUCAGGUUAACGUGUCUUGUGUCAAUGGGGCCAAAUGCAUUGGUUUAUAUAGCUUGCUCUGAGUUGCCAGAAGAAAAGGGAUGCUUCCCUAGAGUGUGUCCAAAGAUUAAAAUGCUACCCCUUCUAGUUUUGUAUCCGUCUUAAAAAUAAAGUAAAAUACAGUAGCAUUGUUUCCCCCCUAUUCCCUUCUUAGAUAUUUAGUAUGUGUAAAUAUCUUAUGUAAAUCUUUCUGGCUUAUUUCCAGUUUUCCUUUUUGAUGAUUGUUUACAAACUUGAGGGUGUGGGAAAUAGCCAAAGCAUGUGGUGGGCAUUUGCACCAGAGGGGCAUAGAGGGGGGCACCCUCUUUGUACCUUGCCACUUUGCAACUUUGCCACAUGAGAGCUGGUUAAGGGGUGGGGGGAAUUUCCCAUAUCUUCCUACAACCAAUGAGAGAAUUGGACUUCUGAAAUAACAGUGAUUUAUCUGCAAGCCAAGAGGAACAAUGUUCUUUGGGGGGGGGGUUGAUUGCAGCUUCUUCCCACUAGUUUGCAGAAUUGUUUUGGAAAUUCUUUAGGUCAGUCUCCCAGGCCUUUUUUUUUUUUUUAAUGACAAGAUGGUUUCUAAAACUCUUCAGCUUGGUCUUGCAAAUAAAUCGCUGCUUGGAAUAGGCAAUAUCAUUACCAUUUAGACAGUGAUGGACACUAUGCAUUAGGGGCAAGCAGUGUGCAUUGCAGUCAGGCUGGUGCCAAGUCUGCACUCAGGGUCACUGUGGAAUAGGGAGCACUGAAUGUAUUGGGGGUGGGAAGGGUGGGGGGGAUGAUGGCGACUUCUUGCGUGGCUACAUGAUUGUGUACUAGGAGACAAAACGAAUGUAACUCCCAUGUUUACUGCUAGCGACCAAAGCUUGUUUUGUGUCAAACUCUUUGACUUUUUAUGAGGCGGGUGGGUGGAUGGGUGGGAGAGGGUGGGGAUGAGAGGGUGACUGUGUGGGGUUCUUUUUAGAGGGGGGGAGGGUCAUGUCUGAGCUGCAGGACUCUGUUCAAGCAAGCAGCUAUCCUGCUGAUUAUGUCUGGUGGCGACGUCAAAAAUCCCCACGACUGCAUUCCCCUCCCCUCCCCAAUUUUCAUUUUUGUACCAGUUUUGGAAAACGAUGGAAACCAAUAAAGAAUAUGGAUCAUAA